AUGGCCUGCAUCGCCGCCUUCGUCCUCGCGUUCUCGAGCGCCGCCGAGGCGCUUCCUCUACCUCGCCGUGUCGAUACCAGCGACAUCCUGGCGGCGGGGAGCCCGUUCUCGGUCGCUUUGGCCUCCGGCAACACCGUUCUGGUCAAGCGGCGUGGCGAUGGCGCUGGCGCUGGCGAUGAUGCUGCCUGGGACGCCAAUGAGCUCAGCUUUGCCAAGCGGGGUAUCAGCUUCAGCUGGCUCGGAGAGCUGCUUGGCGGGAUGUGCAGCUCCGGUUGCGCCAAGGUCGCCAAGGCCAGCGGCGCGAACAGAGUCGCCGACACCACUGAGGAGCGAUUCUGGCGUGUGCCGCCGCCGAUGGACACGCUAGACCCCUUCUACCCUCCCGCUCGUGGCAACCCUUACGGGUACAGGCCCGGUGGCGCCCCCAUCGACCCGCCCAGCCGGAGGCCGAGUCUGCUUUCGUCACCGAGGGCAGCUUGA